AUGGCCAACGAGGAGCGUACCCGUUACUACCAAGACUGGGAGAACUACUUUCCGGCCUCGGAACAGAAGACCGGCGAGCAAGACUCAACAAUCACUGAUGUACGUACCCAGAACGCUGCGCAGGACCUGAGAGUCGCCGCAUUCGCGCACGGGAGAAGGCGAAAAGCACAUGGACAGAUCAGACUGCCGAUUCAGGCGAUCGUGCAUGGAUGCGAUGUUAUUUCGGACGCCCACAUACUUCUUGACACGCGUCCAGCAGAGGAGACGCACUUCUUCGAGAUGACUGCCCUGGCCAAGGACAAAAGUGUCCGAGGCAUAGAGAAAUGA